AUGAUGCUGUUUUUAUUAAAAAUUCUUAACAUUUUUUUAUUAUCCGUAAUGGAUAAAGAAGAUAAGGAUAAAGUACUUCUGCCACACCAUGUGCAGCAGUCACUGUGCACUACACGGCUGCCGUACAGACAGGGCAGAAAGCUUACAGCCGUCAAGGUGUAUUCAAUUGCAAAAGAGUCUAAUCAUCUUUUAAUAUUUGGAGUACCAUCUCUAAAACUGCGGCAAGAAACUAAAGCCCAAUUUGCCAAGUUUGGAAAACUAUUACAGUUUAAUAUAUCAAAGGAACAUGCCGCUGAGGUCUUCACAGAGACUUACCAUGCCCAAUAUGAGAAAAUACAAUCAGCCAGACUCGCAAAAAGAAUGUUGGAUACUAAAAAUUUCUAUGGAGGAUCUUUACAUGUCACAUAUGCACCAGAAAUGGAAAAUGUAGAGGAAACUCGACAUAAAUUAAUUCAAAGACAACAAAAUAUUAUUUAUAGAUUAAAAAAUCUGCAAAAAGAGAAAAAGAUUGAAAAACAACUACCUGUAGUUAUAAAUGAUAGAGUGGAAACUCUUAAAAUGAACAUGGGUCAAACAAAUACAAUAAUAAUUGGCCCACAAGUGGUUUACAAGAAAAAGAAAACUGAUAAUCUAACAAAUAAAAAAAUUAAAUUAAAAGAUAAAACAGAGGAAACAGAUACUCUUAAUAUCUCUAACCAAAAUAUAGAAGUUAUAGAUUGUACCGAUGUACAAAAUGACGUGAUAUCCAAUAUAGAUGAAGCAUUAAAUUAUAAUAAAUUUGGUAAUGAAGUUGUUAAAAAAGUUCCAAUAAAACCAAUAAAUAAAAUACAGUUUCAUAUAAAUAAAAAGUCA